CAGAAGUAUAACUGCACAUAGCUUUACUGAAGACUAAGUAAUAAUACCAAGUUUAUCACUUAUUUCUCACCAGAGCAGCUCGCCUUUCAGUCAUGAAUCCUCCAACAGACAGAGACGAUACGCACCCAACAGAGCACUACAUGCCCCAACCCACAUCCUCAGGAGGGGGAGGGUUGUACCUGGACAGCUAUGAAGUCUCUUUUCCUCUGGAGGAGAGUAUCGAGAGACCCCCUGCUUAUCACCUGAACCAGGGUCAGCCGAUGAUGGACGGGCCUGUGGUGCACGAGCUCCCUCACUCCCAGUACAGCCCUUUCAUCCUGAUCUCUAACCUGCGAGCUCACCUGUACGUCACUCUGGAGAAGAACACCUGGCUGCAGAAGCGCAUCGAGGAUAUGGAGGAGGAACGCAACUUCCUGCGCUGUCAGCUGGACCGAUUCAUCAUCAACAUGCGGGGUCCGGAGGAUUGGUCUGUAGACCCCCAGCGUGGGGUGAUGGUCCAGCCUGCCAGCCCCCCCUCCCCUCCCUCCCCCAUGACCACCCGGUCUGGGAUGACCCUGAAGCGUCUGCAGGGAGCGGCCCCUCGGCCCCGCCGCGCCUCUGCCUUCCCCGUGAAGCAGGAAUUUCAUCUGGAUGAGGAUCAAUUCUACACGGAGGAUGAGUUUGUUGAGGAAGAAGAGGAGGAAGAAGAUUCGUCGGUGGAGAAGGGCUCAAAGAAGAAGGGCCGAGGGCGAGCCAACGGAGAGCCGAGGAUGAGGAGGAUCUUCAGGAUCACCCACGGGAGGGAGAGACAGAGAGUUAAAGACCCAGAAGGGGUUAUGAUUCGCUAUAACAAGAUCCUUACCACCUACCAGCGGGUGAGGAGCAUGUCCAGAGCCUUCCAGGUCCACGGAGUGGACAGGAACACCAUGGCCUCCACCUCCCCCAUCGCAGAGCUGCUGCUGGUGGCUCCAGAGAAGGUGGCGGAGGUCGGGGAGUUUGAGGCUUCAAAGGAGAAGCUUUUGGAUUACGCUCGGCGGUGCUACAAGACCAUGGACGAGCAGACGCAUGUGAAGGUCCAGGCCAUGAAGAAGACUCACAAGCUGCUGCCCAUCUCCUACAGGUUCAGAAACUGAGGGACAGGAGGGGGGACGCUGCAGGAGGCAGGGGGGUUCUACACUAAACUUUACAUUUAGAUUUUUCAUUGCCUUAAAAAGAUACAAGACAUGUGAGAAUGUCAAGAUAGAUGCCAAGGUACAAUAUUAUUGAUUUAAAAAUGAUUUAUCGUUUGCCUUAAUCCAGGAAUUAAGUGAAUGUGGACAUUUACAGGAAGACAAAGUAUAGUGUGAAUUAUCAUGUCCUUUUCAUUUCCAAGCAUUAUUUGAAAUACUGCAAACUGUUUAUAUAUCAGUUAUCAGAGUAAAAGAUUAUUUACAGAACCA